UUUUGAAGAGGUGCAACUGUAUAUCAAAGCUUGUCUUCACAGGGUUCUGUACGUGUGGACUGAAAAAGCACCUGCUCAAGCAGUUUGGAUAUUACCGUCUAUUGAAAACACAGAGGGUGAAAAAAGAAGACAACGGCUAAUUUCAGUGGUUUACUUUGAAGACUUUCCUGAGAUCUACAUAUAACAGCAUCUACAAUGAAAAAAGCAAAAGGUGUGCCAGAGGGGGAGAGAACGAUUGUGCUCCGGCAGAUGAAGGUGCGGACGGCUCUGAAGGGGGAUUUCAGCUGGAUCAACAAUAAAAACACUGAUGAAGAAGAUGAGGAAGAAGAAGGGUUGGCCAGGGAUGUGCCAGUAAAAGCGUCCUAUUCCAAUGGAGUUUCUUCAGCGCCCUCUGACUCCUCCAGCACUUCCGAAAGCAGUCCAACAAGCCAGAAGCCUUCCCCUUUAGGAUACAUAAUCAGAGGUGUUUUUACUAAAACAAACGAUACCACCCAGGCGUCCCCAACCUCAGCCUCAUCGUAUGGAUAUAGCGAAAGUGUGAGAAGCUCCAACACUUCUACUCCACAGUACUCACCGCUUAACAAGAAAUCAUCUGAGCACUAUAAGAAAAUAGCCCCACACAGUGUGCGUUCCAAAGCAGUCAGCCCCGCCCCUGAGGAACCCCCCUCUUCUACAGAGGAGCGCACCAAGAGAACAGAGGCUGCCAGCAGUGUAAUAAAGAGUUCAGCGUCCAAGGAGCGCUCGUACGUCUUAUCAGCAGUGAACAAAUACGGCAGGUCUGAAAAGCUGGAUAGCCCAUCUAAAGACCCCUCCUUUUCUUUUGUGGCUAAAAGGGUGGAGAUCAACGAUGAAGAGCCAGAAGAGGACAGUGACACGUCACCACAGAUUGCACCAAAAAGCAGCUUAAACCCAGUUCUCACACAGAAGCCAACUCCUGCCCCUCGCAAGCUCGGCCCCAGCACAGAAACAAAAACACAAACCACCAUCACAAUAAAGGAAACAGCGAAAGAACCUCCAAAAACUCCUUUCUUAACUGAAACAAAAACAAUGAGCCCCAGCACAGAAACAAAAACACAGACCACUGUCACGAAGAAGGAAACAGUGUUCGACACUCCAAAAAAUACUUUCUCAACUGAAUCAAAGAGUCCCAGCACUGAAACAAAAACACAGACCACUGUCACAAAGGAAACAGUGUUUGACAUUCCAAAAAACCCUAUCUCAACAGAAUCAAAGACCAAGAGCUCACAAGACACUAAGUCACUAUGGGACAAGUGGGAUAAACCUGCAGCCACUGAGACAACAAUAACAACUGUCACUGAGAAAAGCUCACAAGGCACUAAGUCAGCCUGGGACAAGUGGGAUGUUCCCGCAGCCACUGAGAUUACAACCACAACUAUCACUGAGAAAAGCUCACAGGACACAAAGUCACUGCGGGAUAAAUGGGAUUUACCUGCAGCAACUGAGACUACCACCACAACUGUCACUGAGAAAAGCUCACAAGACACUAAGUCACUAUGGGACAAGUGGGAUAAACCUGCAGCCACUGAGACAGCAAUCACAACUGUCACUGAGAAAAGCCCCAGCACAGAAACAAAAACACAAACCACCAUCACAAUAAAGGAAACAGCGAAAGAACCUCCAAAAACUCCUUUCUUAACUGAAACAAAGACAAAGAGCCCCAGCACAGAAACAAAAACACAGACCACUGUCACGAAGAAGGAAACAGUGUUCGACACUCCAGAAAAUACUUUCUCAACUGAAUCAAAGAGUCCCAGCACUGAAACAAAAACACAGACCACUGUCACAAAGGAAACAGUGUUUGACAUUCCAAAAAACCCUAUCUCAACAGAAUCAAAGACCAAGAGCUCCAGAACAGAAACAAUAACCCAGACCACAAUGACAAAGAAGGAAACCGUGUCCGAAACUCCAAAACCCUUAACUGAGCCAGAGACAAAGAGCUCACAGGACACAAAGUCACUGUGGGAUAAAUGUGAUUUAUCUGUUCCAACUGAGACUACCACCACAACUGUCACUGAGAAAAGCUCACAAGACACUAAGUCACUAUGGGACAAGUGGGAUAAACCUGCAGCCACUGAGACAGCAAUCACAACUGUCACUGAGAAAAGCUCACACGACACUAAGUCAGCCUGGGACAAGUGGGAUGUUCCCGCAGCCACUGAGAUUACAACCACAACUAUCACUGAGAAAAGCUCACAAGACACUAAGUCACUAUGGGACAAGUGGGAUAAACCUGCAGCCACUGAGACAGCAAUAACAACUGUCACUGAGCAAAGCUCACAAGGCACUAAGUCAGCCUGGGACAAGUGGGAUGUUCCCGCAGCCACUGAGAUUACAACCACAACUAUCACUGAGAAAAGAGAGGCUGAUAUUGUCAUUCCUACCUGGGGAGUCAUGGACACCACCAAGAAUAUGAGUGUCUCCACCCAGCACCAAAGCCCCAGCACAGAAAUACAAACUCAGACCACAGUCACAAAGAAGGAAACAGUGUUUGAGACUGAACCUGUGACAAAGAGUGCCUUCAAAAUUGCUAAAGAAACCAAGCAGGAUCCACCCACUGCUUCUGAUUUAAUCAGCUUCGGCAUGGAAGAGAAUAGUACUGUCACAACUAUUCAUACAACAAAAUACCAAACAGAAGACCCAGUCCACAAAACAUUUGACAGCAGCGGUCUGACUAAUAUAACUACAGAUACAACAACACAUUGGUCCGAAACUCCUGACCCAGAACACAAAAAGUUAGUGAUGGUGAAGGAGUAUGUGAAUUCAACAGGAUUUAAUCCCUCAGAGUACAGCAGCAUCAACAAGUAUGACGACAUCACCUACAGCCGUUCAAACUAUUCCUACAGCAGCCCUUCGGCGAUGUAUAGAAGUCCUGGAACAUCUUGCACGUACUGCGGGGAGAUGGUUGGAGAUGAUGCCAGAAUCACAAUUGAGCAUCUCAACAUUUACAGCCAUCCAUCUUGUUUUAAGUGUGGAGUGUGCAGCAAGCCCAUGGGUGAGCUUCUGGAGAGCAUGUACAUUCACAGCGGCCAGGUGCACUGUGACAGCUGCUAUGACAAGGUCUUUUAGGUAUGAAGAUCUAGACAAGACUCUUUCUAUUCAUUUUACAGAUUCUACAAGCAAAUACAAGGCAGCACCAUUCACUAAAAUGAUAUUAAAAGGUGCAAAAACCUAGGAUUUAAAAAACACUACUUAACACUACAAUAUUCUCAGUCUCUCUUGGUUUCAAAAGGUUUUUUUUUCACUUUCUGAAGCCCAUUUAUCUUCAGCAGUGAACGGUAAUUUCCUGUGUUACAGGUAAUAGGACCCUACCUGACUCCACAUUUAUUUUUUAAUAGCUGUAACACAGGAUGUGAACUUAGUGUUGUGACAAUAAAAAGUGUAAACACAGUCUGGAAAACAACAAGGCAAUAAGAUGAAUAAAGUUGUAUUACAUUUAGUUACACAAUGCUGCAAUCAGUAUUCAGACCAUGCACACUGCCGCCUUUAUUAGUUAUUGCAAACACUGGCAAUUAAACUUCUAAAAGCCUUUCAUUCAUUAAGGUAUUUCUCUAACGUUCAUCUAACAAGUGCAAAAUGAAACUGACCUAUGCUUUCUCAAAAUACAUUAUUACUGCCAACAAAUAGUUUCAGGAUUCAGGCAAACUGAACAUUAUAAUAUUUUUAUUUACUAUGUUAGCAUAAGGACAACAGGGGAGCUGUCUGGAUCUUAAGAUUCAUUACUCGCAUUACUCUAGUCUAAAUCCUUUUGGGGCCAAGCGAACACAAUUGUGAAUAUUUGUUGUUAUUAUUUACUGUCCAUUAAAUUCAGCACUUCUCUCAAGUAACAUUAGAUGGUAGCAUCAAGUUCCAUGGCUCUCAAAUUUAGUGGCCUUGGCACAAGGUUUUUUUUAUAGGGAGUUUAUAGGUUUCUGGUCCCUGAUAGGUUUUCUGAACGUUAUAUUUAAAAGAAAAUAUGCAGUAAGGAAAAUAAUGCAAAUUUAAUUACCAAACGUCUUUCUCAAGACCCAAGAAAUUACUACUAUAUGUUAAUAAGCUGCAAAUAUUUACAUUUACACAUCUUCUCUCUGGUUUGCUCUCAGUAAUGCUCAGUUUAAGGGGAUAGUUUGAAAAGUAAUUAAAAAGCCUCUAGAGGGCACUGUAGUUGUACUGUAGGAUGUAUUUCAAAUGUCUGAAGAGUAACAGAAAAGUUUCUGUUUUCAAAUAAGUAUUUUUGAUGUAUGUGAUAACUGAGGGUUUACAAAUAAAAUGUAAAAACAAAA